CCCCUGCCCCGCCGCCGCGCACUGAGCGGAGCGCCGCGGGACGCGGUUCCGCCCAUCCCUCCCCUCCCCUCCCGGGCCGCCCGCAGCGCCCCGCAGAAGUUGCCGCCGUUCGGCGGGGCGAUGGCAGAGGCCGCAGGCGGCAGGGAGCGGCCGGCCGGCCGGGCCCCUCCCGACACCGUCGCCCGCGCCGAGGAGGAGCAGCCCGAGGCGGCGGGCAGGAGGCGGGAGCGCCGCAGCGGUGUCUCGGCCGUCGGUGCCGGAGAGCGCUUCCCCGGCGGCAGCCUGGGGCCGGCGGCAGCGCCCGAGCCCGACGCCUCUCUCCUGGAGGCGGCCAAAGCCACCCCGCGCCGGAGCAGCAUCAUCAAGGAUCCUUCAAACCAGAAAUGUGGAAGAAAGAAAACAGUGUCCUUCAGCAGCAUGCCAUCAGAGAAGAAAAUAAGCAGCGCUAGUGACUGUAUCAGCUUUAUGCAGGCUGGGUGUGAACUGAAGAAAGUUCGUCCAAAUUCCCGGAUUUAUAACCGUUUUUUUACUUUGGAUCCUGACCUGCAGGCUCUUCGUUGGGAGCCUUCCAAAAAGGACCUUGAGAAAGCCAAACUUGAUAUUUCUGCUAUAAAGGAAAUUAGACUAGGGAAGAACACAGAAACGUUCAGGAAUAAUGGACUUGCAGACCAGAUUUCUGAGGACUGUGCACUGUCGGUAAUUCAUGGUGAGAACUAUGAGUCUCUUGACCUGGUUGCCAAUUCAGCUGACGUGGCCAAUAUUUGGGUAUCAGGAUUAAGGUACUUGGUUUCUCGUAGCAAACAACCCCUGGAUUUGAUGGAAAGCAGCCAUAAUACCCCACGAUUUGCCUGGCUGAAGACUGUAUUUGAAGCAGCAGAUGUUGACGGUAAUGGAAUUAUGUUAGAAGAUACAUCUGUGGAACUAAUAAAGAAGCUUAACCCCACCUUAAAGGAAUCAAAGAUUAGAUUAAAAUUCAAGGAAAUCCAGAAGAGCAAAGAGAAACUGACAACACGAGUAACAGAAGAGGAAUUUUGUGAAGCAUUCUGCGAACUUUGCACAAGACCUGAAGUUUAUUUCUUACUCGUGCAGAUAUCUAAAAACAAAGAGUAUCUAGAUGCCAAUGACCUCAUGCUGUUUUUAGAGGCUGAGCAAGGAGUGACCCACAUAACAGAAGAAAUGUGUCUAGAUAUUAUACGCAGAUAUGAGCUUUCUCAAGAAGGACGUUUGAAAGGUUUUCUUGCAAUUGAUGGAUUUACUCAAUAUUUGCUGUCCCCAGAAUGUGAUAUUUUUGAUCCUGAGCACAAAAAGAUUGUCCAAGACAUGACACAGCCCUUGUCGCAUUACUACAUCAAUGCAUCUCACAAUACCUAUCUAAUAGAAGACCAGCUCAGAGGGCCAGCUGAUAUCAAUGGUUACGUCAGAGCUUUAAAAAUGAGUUGUCGGAGCAUUGAACUAGAUGUCUGUGAUGGCCCAGAUAAUGAGCCCAUUAUUUGUAAUCGUAACAACAUGACAUCACCACUUUCAUUUCGAAAUGUUAUUGAGGUGAUAAACAAAUUGGCUUUCUUUGCAUCAGAAUACCCCCUUAUUCUCUGCUUGGGGAACCACUGCUCCGUACAACAGCAGAAGGUUAUGGUACAACACAUGAAAAGGAUCUUUGGAAACAAACUCUACACGGAGACACCUUUAUCUUCAGAAGCCUACCUCCCAUCACCUGAGAAGCUGAAAAUGAAGAUCAUUGUAAAGGGGAAGAAGCUACCCUGCGACCAGGAUAUACUAGAAGGGGAAGUCACAGAUGAAGAUGAAGAGGCUGAAAUAUCCCGGAGACUGUCAGAAGACUUCUCGAGGGAACCAAAGCUGAUCUGGCUCUGCAAGGAGUUGUCUGACUUGGUGUCCCUAUGCAAAUCUGUCCAAUACAAAGACUUUGAGACAUCCAUGAAAGCUCAAAAUUAUUGGGAAAUCUGUUCCUUUAGUGAGGCAGAAGCCAGUCGAAUUGCAAAUGAAUACCCUGAAGAUUUUGUCAACUACAACAAAAAGCUUCUUUCCAGGGUGUACCCAAGUGCUAUGAGGAUAGACUCCAGUAACUUAAAUCCUCAAGAUUUUUGGAAUUGUGGUUGCCAGAUAGUGGCAAUGAACUAUCAGACUCCAGGGCCCAUGAUGGACCUGCAUACUGGCUGGUUUCUACAGAAUGGUGGAUGCGGAUAUGUUCUCAGGCCUUCGGUAAUGCGUGAAGAAGUGUCUUAUUUCAGCGCAAAUACAAAGGGCAUUGUUCCAGGGGUCUCUCCCCAAGUUCUACAUGUCAAAAUAAUCAGUGGACAGAACUUUCCAAAGCCCAAGGGUGCGUGUGCAAAAGGGGAUGUCAUAGAUCCCUAUGUUUGUAUAGAAAUACAUGGGAUUCCUGCAGAUUGCACUGAACAAAGAACUAAAACUGUUCAGCAAAACAGUGAUAACCCAAUUUUUGAUGAGAGCUUUGAGUUCCAGAUCAAUCUACCAGAGUUGGCCAUGAUCCGUUUUGUGGUUUUGGAUGAUGACUACAUUGGGGAUGAGUUCAUAGGCCAGUACACCAUCCCACUGGAGUGCCUACAGCCUGGAUACAGGCACAUACCGCUGCGAUCUUUUGUUGGUGACAUCAUGGAGCAUGUUACGCUGUUUGUUCAUAUUGCAAUAACCAAUCGAAGUGGAGGUGGAAAGGCCCAAAAGCGCAGCCUUUCAGUGAGGAUAGGAAAGAAAGCAAGGGAGUACACCAUGCUGAGGAACACUGGGCUCAAGACUAUCGAUGACAUCUUUAAGUUGGCUGUGCAUCCACUACGAGAGGCCACCGACAUGAGAGAGAACAUGCAGAAUGCCAUGGUGUCCGUUAAAGAGCUGUGCGGGCUACCACCCAUCGCAAGCUUGAAGCAGUGCAUCCUGACCCUGUCCUCACGGCUCAUAAGCAGUGAGAAUGCACCCUCUGUUACCCUCUGUAUGAAGGACGCAUUUCCUUAUCUAGAGCCUCUGGGGACCAUGCCCGAUGUGCAGAAAAAGGUUCUGGCUGCAUAUGACCUGAUGAUUCAAGAGAGCAGGGUUCUUAUUGAGACGGCGGACAUCACUCACGACAAGAUUGUUCAGUGUCAGAAAGCAGGGAUGGAAUUCCAUGAAGAGCUUCAUAACCUUGGGACAAAGGAAGGUUUGAAAGGAAGAAAAUUAAGCAAAGCCAUUGAAAGCUUUGCAUGGAAUAUCACAGUGCUGAAGGGCCAAGGAGAUCUCCUGAAGAAUGCCAAGAAUGAAGCCCUGGAGAACAUGAAACAGAUCCAGCUGGCGUGCCUAUCCUGCGGACUGAGCAAAACUGGAAGCGGGCCUGCAGAUGCAAAGUCAAAGCGAUGCCUAGAGGCGAUACAGGAGAAGGAUACAGGAGAUGAAAAUGGGAGGCUGUGAUAGGAGGCAGAGCUGUCAUGUUUGUCACAGAUUUCAAUAGCUCUAAACUAUUUUUUUAAAGCUUUUAAAAAUUCACACAGGAAUGCCCUGUACAGGGUGUUAAUAGUAUUAAAAUCCUCACAAUGUCAGUAUUUUAAUGCAGUUUAUUUAUCUAAGUUGAACUCUGGUAGUAAGAUUUCUAAUGAAGCCAAGCUGUCUGUAUGCAAGUGCGCGUGUGUGCACAUAUGCAAAUCCUGUAGACACCCUUUCAUGCAUUACAUUAGUCAUUUGCUAAUUUAUUCCUUUGUCAUUUUUGAAUAGGCCUGUUCGUUCUGAAGAUCAAAACAAAUAGAGAGUACUUGUAUCAGCUUUUGUGCUUUAUUUUACUCUCCAGCUUUUGUCAUUUAACUUAUAGGUUAUAUUAUUGUUAUACUGUUUAAACAGACAAAAUACAUCAACAAAUGUCAUUACUGUUUUUGUGAGGGCAAAAACAGUGGUUUGCUGCAGAUCCUGAACAUGAUUUUUAAUGAACAAUUUAAAUAGAGAAGAUAUUAAAUGAUCAGAAUGGCUGAGUAGAUUGUGAUUAGAUUUCAGGUGUACAUUUCACUGAAUUUUAGCAAACUGUUCUUUGGGAUACAUCUAGAUGACACAUACUAACAUAAGAACUAGCUGAUUUAUUUCAUUCUAGUACAUCAUUGCUACCUUGUAGAUCUGCAGGACACCUACAGUCUUUUCUGAUAGGCAUAGGUAUUUAACUUGUAUAGUGGUGAAUAUAGCUAGUCAGCCCUGUAGUUGCAAGGAGAGCUGUGAAUAUUCUUUGGUGAUACUCUGAAGGUGAGUUUCAGGUCCUCCUGAAAUGCACCAUGGUGCCAGUAUUGGAGGGAAGGUUUUAAAAAUUCCACAUACUGUGAGCUUUAUUGAAGAGGUGUGAGAGGUCAGACCUUGCUUGCCUUCUGUUUAGGAUCUUGUUGAAGUCAGCUGGAUAAAAUGGGCAGGAUCUGGCCUUAUGUUGUGGUGGUUAAGAAUCAUGCCAUGCUAGACAUUUGAAACAAGGCUGCAGAACUACUAUGGAUGUAGUAUAGAUAAAUAGCUUGGCAAAAAAGGGAUUACCAGCAUUUAUGUGCAGCAGUUACAAAUGACCUAGCAUGUGUCAAGUGUUUAGGGUAGUGCUGAGAAUUGGACAUCUUUUUGUGUUGCUGUAGAAAGAAAACAGAAAAUGUCAGAAAGAUAUGCAUUCUCGUCCUUUCCAGUGUCCAGUUCAUAUAUGCUCACAACGUUCAUGUCAAUUAAGUACUGUGCUUGAGUGUAGUAUUUGUGUUACCUAAACAGGACUAAGUGUUUUAUGGUUAUAAAAAAGAUUAUAUUUAUUUAAAGCAUUGCUUUUAUUUUGAAAAGCUACUUUUAAAAUUAAUUUGAUUAACAAAUAUGCUAAUUUUCUGAAUUUAAUGAAAAGUAAUUGCUUAAAGUUUGACCAUUGGAGAAUCUUAUAUAUCUAUUGUGUUAAGUUAUUUUUGACUUCUUAAUAACACUAUUAUGUUCAUGUUGCACAUUUCUGAGAGAGUAAAGCUAUGAAACAACUUUGA